AUGGUAGCAAAUGUCGAGGAACCCAAGUACUCAAUCUGGGUCAAGGUGCCCCAGCAUUUCUCGAGGGAUUCAUCCCAGUUAUGGAUACCGGAAGUAAGCAUGCGAUUAUUAAUGAUGUUGAACUUUCCCACCGACUACCCUUGUCAUUCUCGCAGAGAUAAAUUGAAAGAAGAGGAUAGAGGUCCUGUUGCGGAUAGCAAGACGUUCAUCUGGCUAGAAUUAUAUACGGUACUCUCUUAA